CAACAGAGAUAGGGUUUCUUGGUGAAGGUAGACAUCAGAUCUCUCUUCUAAAUGGAUUUUGAGCCUGACGAAAUCGAUAGAUUUCGUCAAUUUUUGAAAGAAUUUUCGACGGCUCAUUCGGCUCCUUUACUAUCAGAAGAUCCCCUACCAAUACGCCUCAUCUGUUAUUACCUGAGCGAAGAAGAGGUCGAAGGCGAAUGUCUCGACUGGUCACUAACCUACCUAGCCGUCCGUCACUGUCCGUCGCCGUUGGACGUCUACAUUGCACGCGAAGUGGCGGAAAACGUGCUGCGCAUCGAUGUGAGGCAGUACCUCCAGGAACAGACGUAUCCGGACGAAGAACUCCAGUUGGAGGCGUCGCGACUCGCCGUCCGAGUCUUUAACACGAUGUACGACGUCUGCAGACAGUGGAACGACGAACUGCCGCUGCGAAAGAUGAGAAAAUCGAGACUGAUUUUUGACGUUUACGUUCACGCCAUCAAGAACACGCGACGGAAAAUGGAAGACAGACACGUCGUCGUUCCUCAUUUCAAUCCGCUGAUGGGACUAAAGGCUGAACCCGAAUGUGCUUUUUUUGGUGUUUAUGAUGGACAUGGAGGAGUAGAUGCUGCUGUCUAUGCUGCUGCACAUGUUCACACAAAUACUGGACGACAGAAGACGUUCUUCUCUGAUCCAGAAACUGCUCUUAAAGAGGCUUUUGUAAAAACAGACCAGGGCUUUGUUUUGAAGGCAGCACGAGAGGGACUAAGGAGUGGAACUACGGGGGUUUCUGCGCUUAUUCAAGGCAGAAAGCUACAUGUUGCAUGGCUUGGAGAUUCACAAGUGAUGAUGAGUCGUCGAGGAGUGGCGGUGCAACUGUUAGAACCUCACAAGCCAGAAAGAGAGGAUGAACGAAAACGCAUCGAGUCAAUGGGAGGCUGUGUGGUACAUUUUGGUGCAUGGCGAGUCAAUGGUAGUCUGUCUGUUUCAAGAGCAAUCGGAGAUGCCGACCAUAAGCCGUACGUGUGGGGACAACCGGAUACAAGUACAUUCGAUCUCGAUGGCUUGGAAGACUUCAUUCUACUCGCGUGUGAUGGACUGUGGGAUGUUGUUUCACGACAACGAGUCGUAGAGAUUGUCACGAGUCAUGUCCGGGAUACAGGCAGUAGAGAUGGAGUAGCAAAGGCAUUAGUGGAUGAGGCAAAGAUAUCUGGCUCAAGUGACAACAUCACGGUUGUUUUAGUGUUCUUAGAUGGUGAAAGAAAUCCAGGCCCAGUUCCGGCAUCGACAACCGUUCCAAAACUAAAGCCGGGUGCCAGCUCGUCUCCAAAAUUGAAAUCUAGUGCAGAGGUAAAGGACACCAAGAGAACCUCAUCUAUCUCUGUCCCAUCAAGUAGCAGCCGGCAAAAGUCAUCAGCGAGAACUGUCCAUAAUGGGAGAGGAAAGGUGAAUGGGAAAGGAGCUAGUGAAUCUCCUACUAUGUAUAGCAAGACAAAAGUACAAGGAACCAAGAAGAGUUCACAUGAUGGCUAGAAAAUGCGCGCAAUACAGAAUUUAUAGUUCCUCGUUUAUCAUGCUGUUACAAAGUCGUUUUAGCCUGUUAGAUGUGAAUGGCUGAAUUGUGUACAGUUUAGCUUAGAUAUUUCUUGUAUGUUUCAGCAAACUAGACAUGGUAUUUGAA